AUGAUCGCAUUGCUGCCCGUCGCAUUAUCGUACACGGACGUGGACGACAAUAUCGACUUCAAUAAGCUGAUUCACACGCCGCAGCUGAAAGAUCUGAUACUGUGUUUACUGGACAAGCAGCCGUGCUCCACUCAGAUGGUUAAGUAUAGAGCUCACGCAGCCGAGGCCAUCGACAACGCGUGCGCCAACUGCAUGGUGCUCCAGAAGCAGCACUUCUGGACGGUGCUGCACGCACUGGAGACGGUGUACCCGGACCUGGUGCGCCAGGUGAGGGACAAGUACGACCCCGAGGGACGACACUUCGCUAGACUCGAGGGGGAGAUUGCGCAGUAUUGA